GCGUGUGCCCCGGGUGGCGUCGACGGCGCCGGCAAACGAAGGGGAACGGUUUUGGGCCCGGCGGAGAAGCUCGAAGCCGUCAAAGUGGCUUCGUCACUGGGCCUCCAGGGGCCUUCAGCGCCAAUCGGGGCCCAAUUACUGGCUACUGGCGGUUCGGAGGAUGCACCGUCCGUGUACCACGCGAAUCUGCUAGCCAGCAGCAACGCGUCCGUGCUCCAGCAGCCCGUUCUAGCCAGCCUGAACACGCCGGCACUGGCCAGCAUGCAGGCCUCUGCGGAGGCCAACUCGCUGGACAUUCAGGCCAUGCAGUCCAUGGACUGGCUGUUCAAGAAGGAGCGUAUAUACCUGCUAGCCCAGUUCUGGCAACAGAGGGCGACACUAGCGGAAAAGGAAGUGUCCGCGUUGAAGGAGCAACUAGCCGCUGCAAACGACGGGAAUUCGAAGACUGAGGGACAUAAAUUGUCUCAGACACCACAGGGAAGUGAUCAACAGCAGGUACACGAUGCCAGCAAUCCCAGGAGAACGCCGAACAGCAACCUGGAGCAGGAAUUGCAAGCGAAGGACAAAGAGAUUAGCCAAUUGGUCGAGGAGGUGUCCAGACUGCAGCAGAGCCUGCAGCGUCUCCAGGAGACCAGCGCACAGGCGACAGCUCGACUGGAGGAAGAACUGGAGGCACGCAGACAGCACAUCAGCAGACUGGAGAGCAAACUGGAGCGACAGAGGGACUAUGACGACCUGAAACGCGAAAUUAACGCGCUGAAGUCCGUCGAUCUCUCGCAAAUUCCAACCGGUGAGCCUGGCAAGAGCUUGGAACACCUUCUGAUGGAACGCUCGAAGGCGCUUCAGCAAACCGAGAGCCUGAAACCAUCCAGCACCCCGGAUGCGCUCGGUGGACUAUCGUCACCCCUGCAGCGCGCCUCUACCGCCUCACCUCACGGGGUCGGGGGUGUGCCGCCUUCGCCCCACCUGUCCUCCCAGCAACCACCGCCGCCACCCCCAGCAGCAGUCUCCCUUCCUCCACGUUCCACUCCCACACCCUCAUCAGCCACCUCGACGACGUCCAGUCUCCUUUUCCCGCCUCCUCUCCAAAAUGUCGAAACCUUCGGCUCCUUUCUCGGUGAAGAGAUCGUCGCCAACUGGAGGCGGUCGUUGGAGAGGUCCAUCAUGAAUCAGCAGGCAACAGCAACAACAACAACAACAGCACCAACCUCAACCGCAACAACAGCAGCCGCAGCAACAGCAGCAACAACAACAACAACAACAACAGAUGACUCCACUGGGUCAACUCUCGCAGCAACAGUUGCAGCAAGCUCAACCACUAAUUGGCUUGCACCCUCCAACUACCACACUAGCUUAAAUCAUCUAUCUUCGCCAACGGACCCAUCGUCCAGCUCCAACACGCCAGCCAAGUCGAAUACCCCCUCCAACACGCCAGCCAAGUCGAAUACCCCGUUAGGAACCACUCCACUGAGUUGCCUUGAUGCCGAGAAGGCUCCGACACCGGUGUCCGGCCACGAAACGCCUGCCCCACCGACGCCAUCCUCCACAACUGCGUUAACAUCGCCACCGAGCUUUCAACCACCCACGACGAUGGUCGACACGUCUACCUCGUCGGCCUCCGUCAACGGUGGAAGCAUGACACCCGCUAUACCGACCGUACCGCCGCUAAAGAGUCCCGCGGACCAAGAAUCGUGUCAUAAUAACAAUAACAACAGCCAUCAUCUGACCAAUAACAACAUCGGGGGCCUAAGUGUGCUGGACACACUCAAGAAUCCAUUUCGUUUCGACGAGAGAACGCAUCCGUUCAGAUUUAGCGACGAGUUCGGCGCUGCAGGCAUGGCCGGCAGAUUGGGCGAGUCGCUUAUCCCGAAGGGUGACCCCAUGGAAGCCAGAUUACAAGAGAUGCUUCGGUACAACAUGGACAAGUACGCGUCGCAGAACCUGGAUACGCUGCACAUAGCCAGGAGGGUUCGGGAACUGCUGUCCAUACACAACAUCGGUCAAAGACUGUUUGCAAAGUACGUUCUCGGUCUGAGCCAAGGAACCGUUAGCGAGUUGCUAAGCAAACCAAAGCCAUGGGACAAAUUGACAGAAAAAGGACGGGACAGCUACAGGAAGAUGCAUGGUUGGGCUUGCGACGACAACGCUGUAAUGCUGCUUAAGUCCCUGAUACCCAAGAAAGAGUAUGUUUCAGGCAAGGAGCAGGGAAUGCCAGCGUUCGCUCGCGGUCCACAGGAAGGUGGUCCGCCAGAAAUGAGUGACGAAAGGUUGGCGCACAUCCUCUCGGAGUCUGGCCACUUACAGAUGAAGAGCGAGCACGAGGUAUCUAACGACGCGGACAGUAAGAGUCCGAGCAGGAUCGGUUGUCCGAGUCCUUUCAACAAAGACAGGCUGGACAGUCAGAACCGAAGAUUGAAAAAAUACGAGAACGACGACAUUCCGCAGGAGAAGGUGGUCAGGAUCUACCAGGAGGAGCUGGCUAAGCUGAUGGGAAGAAGGAUCGAGGAUCUCCGUGGGCCGCGAGAGUUCUCUUCCAGCGCGAUGUUUCCGCAUUUUUUCAGUGGCACCCAAGGUGGCUUUCAGGGGAUGGAGCGCACCCAAGAGGACAUUCGACUGGCACUGGACGCGUACCACCGCGAGUUGCAGAAGCUGAACGCCACACCGGGGCAGAAUCCUUCGCUGACGGGUCUGCCAGGGUUGCCCGGAUUGCCAGGUCUCUUGGCUCUUCAACAACACGCCCUGCAACAACAUCACCUAGCCACGAACGGUGGCGGUGUUCAGGACCUCAGUUUGGGAAAGGUGGAUCCCAGGAAUAAAAUGAUAAACGGUGUCUCCGAGGAGGAGAAAGAGAAGAUAGAAGAAGCGAUGAGACACGCCGGGAGCGCCUUCUCCUUGGUUAGGCCGAAACAGGAACCCACCGCUGCACCUCAGUCCACUCCAGGCGGAUCCAGUGCGAGUUCACCACUCGGCAACUCGAUUCUUCCACCAGCAAUGACGCCCAGCGAGGAAUUUUCCGGCGCAGCGGCUGCCAGCCCUCUCCAGAGGAUGGCCUCUAUCACAAAUAGUCUGAUCAGUCAACCGUCCACGCCAACCCACCACUCGGCCAAUCAGAGGCCCUUAAAAGCAGUACUUCCUCCCAUCACUCAGCAACAAUUUGACAUGUAUAAUAACUUAAACACAGAGGAUAUUGUAAAGAGAGUAAAGGAACAGUUGUCUCAGUAUUCUAUCUCCCAACGUCUGUUCGGCGAAUCCGUGCUGGGUCUGUCCCAGGGAUCCGUUUCCGAUCUCUUAGCGCGCCCGAAGCCUUGGCACAUGCUCACGCAGAAAGGCCGCGAACCCUUCAUCCGGAUGAAGAUGUUCCUCGAGGACGACAACGCUGUGCAUAAACUCGUGGCCAGCCAGUACAAGAUCGCGCCCGAGAAGCUGAUGAGGACCGGCGGCUACGGUGGCCUGCCUCGUAAGUUUAACUCAGCUUGCGGGACGCCGAUGAAACCCAUGCCACCGACCAAGUUGGUUCAGGAACAGCUCCAGAAUGCCGCGAAGGCGCAGGCUGCGGCGCAAGCAGCGGCCCAGGCAGCGGCGCAGCAUCAGCAGGAAAACCAAAUGCAGCUGGGACCACCGCAGCAGAGUCCCCAACACCCUCAGCAUCCUCAACCUCCACCUCCGAUGAUGUUGACACCACCCGGACCUCAUCAUCCUCACGCGCAGCUCAACAUGCAGGAGCUACAAAAAAAGCAGCAUCAGCAACAGCAGCAGCAGAUGAACCUUCACUCCCCGCAUCAUCAGAUGGCUCCAUCGCCUCUUCGUGGUCUCCAUCCGCACAUUUCUCCGAGCGUAUACGAAAUGGCGGCCUUGACGCAGGAACUUGACACCCAGACGAUCACAACGAAGAUCAAGGAAGCGUUGCUGGCUAACAAUAUCGGACAGAAAAUCUUCGGUGAAGCAGUUCUCGGACUGUCGCAAGGAUCCGUCAGCGAGUUGCUGAGCAAGCCUAAACCGUGGCAUAUGCUCAGCAUAAAAGGUCGGGAGCCAUUCAUCAGGAUGCAACUCUGGUUGUCCGACGCGCAUAACGUCGAUCGGCUGCAGGCACUGAAGAACGAGCGCCGAGAAGCGAACAAAAGGAGACGCAGCAGUGGUCCAGGUCACGAUAACAGUUCGGAUACCUCGAGCAACGACACGGCGGAGUUUUAUCACGCGGCCUCGCCUGGUCCGGGACCUGCAUCCGCUAAGAAACAACGAGUUCUCUUCUCCGAGGAGCAGAAGGAAGCUUUGAGGCUCGCUUUCGCCCUCGACCCGUACCCCAACGUGGCCACCAUUGAAUUCCUCGCCAAUGAGCUGGCCCUGUCUUCGCGGACGAUAACUAACUGGUUUCACAACCAUCGGAUGAGACUGAAGCAGCAAACACCGCACGGUCAGCCGGAACCUCAAUCUCCCAGGGAACCUGGCCAACCGUUCGACCCAGUUCAGUUCAGAUUGCUGUUGAACCAAAGACUGUUGGAAAUCCAGAAGGAGAGGCUGGGUCUGGGUAACGUACCCUUGCCCUACACUCCUUACUUCAACCCCAACUUGGCUGCCUUAGUAGGGAAUGCGUUGAAAGAGCAGUGUUCAGGCCUGGACCUGUCAAUGAGUUCCCUGAAGAGGGAGCCGAACCAGGAGUUCGAGGACGAGUACGCGGAGGAUGCUAUGAGCAACCUCGGCAGCGAGGACUCGGUAGGUUCCGCGGGCAGCAUAAAGCAGGAACCCGCGGAAACGCCCACAGUACCCGCCACCGUCAGAAUAAACAGAAGGAAACCUGCCGCACCGCAAUGGGUCAAUCCGGAGUGGCAGGAGCCACCCAGAACGGGCGACGAAGUGAUCAUCAACGGUGUCUGUGUGAUGCAAACGGAUGACUACGGAGUGAAAAGAGAAGCCGAGGAGACCAUUAGGGUAGAACCGACGCCGGUCCAAGAUAGAUACGAGGAGGACGCACAGAGCGACGUGUCGUCCGUCUCUGGGAACAACGGUCAGGACCGGGAUAGCUCUUUGCCUAGUCCAAAAUCUGGACCGGCCAGUCCCGUAACGUUACCAAGGCCACCAUCCGUGCAGCAAACGCAACAAUCCACCGAAGAGAGUCCUAAGGAAAACGUGGUGAAACACGAGCCAGAAGAGACAUGGGAUUAUUGAAGGAAUGCUACGGUACCGGUUUAAUGUGUUUCACAAAGGGGAAUAGUUGAACUGGAGAAACAUGCCAAAAACAAUGCUGCAGAACUAACGGUCCCAUUCUGCCGAGGACUACGGCCUAGUUAAGUUCUUAGAGAGAAAACCAGUCAUAGGAUUCGGCCAGGGCUGAUGGGCCGAGUCCUGCCUACCACGAGGGCAUUAUUAUAGGGAGGUAAAUACAAAAUAGGAUACGUGAGAGUAGACACAACACUGUGUGUAUGUGUCACGAACUCUUAAAGGUCGACUUUAUAAAGACUACCUAGCGGGAUGCUGCUAUCAAAAGGAGGAACGGAGCUCAAUCAAAAAAAGAACUCUUUUUUUUCGUAACGUUGUGCGAUACAGAGUAGUGUGGUGAGCACAGUUGCUACGGCGGAUUCAUAUUGUUAAAAAAAGACUGUGACGCGACGACACUGCCGUAAGAGGGCGGUUCGUCGCGAAAAUUCACUCGAAAUCCGAAGAAACCCUGGCCGCUUCCGUUUUUUCUUUUUUUUUUAUGGAUUGCGAGGGCGGGACAACGAAUCAAAGGGCGAGCGAAACGGAAAUGGUCCGGGUUCACAGAGUGCAAUCUACGAGUAAACCAGUUGUUAGAUCAAAUUAUUAUUAAUUUUAUCUAAUUACGCGACGAGACGAGCGAUUAAUAAUUAUUGCAUAAUUGUG